AACAGAAAAGCCACAUUGCUUACAAACAACAGUAACACUGAUAAGAUAUUUUCCUGAUGAAGACAAACUAACAGAAUCCCCAUUUCCCAAUGGGAAAAAAAUAUUUCGCAGGGGAGAGUUGGAUACGGAGGGGGUUACCUGGUGCCAGUCUAAAUCAGUAAACAUUUCUACCCAAGGGCAGCUAAAUUCACCCUAUCGAAAGGGAGAGUAGGAAGAGCCAGUGAUUCUCACGGCGGUGGUAUUAUCAUCAUCAUAAUCUUCUUCGUUACUGGUAAACAGCACAGCAGGCAAACCCGACCUCUCAACUGUCCACAUUUUCGCCUCAUAUUUUUUGCGGUCUUCUGACAUAUGAAACAGGGCUGAAGUCACUGAAUAGCGACAGACAUUUGAGUUUCAGACUUCGGAUCUUUCCUGCGCUAAUCGGUUGAAAGGGUAUGGGGAAAUGUUAAGUUGUGCACUUCUGAACUUGGCAGUACUGUGUUUACGCAUAAAGUACAAAACACUGCCAGUCUAGAAUCACAACACUACAUAUAAUUGUUUCUGUUAUUUUGUCAGAAUAAACAUUGCGAUUAAGAACAGGAAUUAAACGAAGGGUAAAAACACGGCAUUGUCUUAAACGUUUUAAUUUAUGAGCUAAAGUUUUUGAACGCAAAAUAAAUAAACCUGCCCUCCACUGUAAACUACCACCUACCAAAGUAUUUUAUUUUAAAACAAACAACUUACGGCAAUGAUUAACAUCGAAUUUUAUUAAAAAACAGCGUCCGAAGCUGCACGUUAUUAGCUAUGGGGCAGCGGUGACUAUAAUAUUACAAAAAUAUUUACGCACAUAUAAAGAUAGUGUGUAAAUAUGCUGUGCGGAGGAUACAGUUAAAUCCUUUACACAAUUAAAGAUUUUGUUUAUCAAUAAACAAUGUAAAUAAAAGUGUAGGUUCACGCUACAGUACAAGGCCUGCGUGUGAAUUUGUGUUGGGAUUGCCAUCGUUCACUAAUACAUUCCAAAAAAUUUGUCCUAAAACUAGGAAAACAAUCCCAAGUGCAAAACCACAGAGACUGACAAAAUGCUCUGAAACAUCUACUUAGGUAGGUUUGAACACCUUGCACAGGCAGCGUGCAAUAGAAAAUCUCUCAUGAUCUGGACGGACACACGAUACCAUGCAGAGCUUCACAGACUGUGUUCGAAACCCUCAGGUAGGAUACGCACCACCUACCCAGCGACGUAAUAAACGCAGGAAAAAUAUUUUAUGAGUGUCUUGGCCAUCAAGUGCUACAAAUGCAAUGUAAAACACCACCAAAAUAUGAAUACAAAAUCCUUGGAAUAAAUUGCAAAGUUAUUUUUUUUUUCGCGGUACUUGUAAUUGAUAUCAUACUAAAUGAACAUAAUUAACAUUUACAAUUUUACAUCUUACUACAUUUGAUAGUUUGACUCUCAGGGGGAAAAAAUCGUAUAAGUUCUAUGUAUCCUACUUCGGAUAAUUAUAAAUGACUAAUGAUAACAAAUCAGCUGCCCUCUCUCUCUCCACAUUAUAAAGGACCAUCCCUGCUGCAAUAUCUCAUAGAAAUCCACCGUGCCUUUACGGUCCAGAAUUCUCUGUUCUUCUUAUUUUUGGAAAAUAAAAAUACUACUAGUAGUGCUGUUAUAAAAUAACAGUCUUCAAGAUAUGAUCCCCAAGUAAGAAUGCUCUUCCUGAUCCCCUCUGGUGCUGGUUGUAGAUCAGAAGUGAAAUGUUUGACUAAAUGUCCAUUCCUUUACAAUGGUACAAAAAAGGGUAAACAGAGGGCAGAGGUGGUUCGUUAUUAUUUCACCACUUCUACUGGAGGGAGCAGAGAGCUCUGGCUCAGGGAUCGCUUCUUCCGAAUGUCUUUAAGUGGCAUUUCUCCUGUGCAUUCUGGUAGCCCAAACAUACCUUGCGCAGGCUGCCAAAGCCCCCGUGACGAGCCUGGUGGAGAUUGGGUAGCCGUCAGUCUGGCCCAGCCUUUACAAUCAUUUCCACUACAGUGAUUCCUGACUUGUGCUACAAAGCCAAAGGAUCAUCAGCUUUAUGCACUGCAGCUGCCACCAACCUGCACAGAGUAAGGCCAGGCUAGCAUCCCUGCACUCUCCCUUCAUCUGAUUAACAGACAGCACACACAGUGAUUACAGAAAACAUAAAUAAAUAAGGAGACAGAGGUGAUCUCAACUACUGCCAAGUCUUGUUAUGUCUCACUUGAACCUGUACUACUGCUACCAUAAAGGACUUUAUUCUUAACCUCUCAGCUACAGCUAUACUGGGCUUGAGUUAGGUUGUUUCUACUGGGAGGGGGUAGGGAUCUGCCCACUUUAAAUAGCUGUUGUAAAGAUUACAGGAUUAUUCUAACAGCGCCUAAGAACAGCUCACGUUUCAUAUCCAACCCUGCUUUUUUACCUCAGACUUUCGGCGAUUUUAGAGCUGAUUUUUUUUUUUUUUUCGUUUUUCACCCUACUUUGAAGUUGGCUCCAGUUAAGUUAGCCGCAUUGGAUCCUACAACCUACUGUGAGACUCCGGUGUACAAUCCGGAUCUCUGUCCCAACAUGAUCGCAGCCCAGGCCAAACUAGUGUACCAUCUCAACAAGUACUACAACGAGAAGUGCCAGGCGCGCAAGGCGGCCAUUGCCAAAACUAUCCGGGAUGUCUGCAAGGUGGUCUCCGAUGUGCUCAAGGAGGUGGAGGUCCAAGAGCCGCGCUUCAUUAGCUCCCUGAACGAGAUGGAAAAUCGCUACGAGGGCCUCGAAGUCAUCUCACCCACAGAGUUCGAGGUGGUGCUCUAUCUGAACCAGAUGGGGGUCUUCAACUUUGUGGAUGAUGGUUCUUUGCCAGGGUGCGCGGUACUGAAGUUAAGUGAUGGCCGCAAAAGGAGCAUGUCCCUCUGGGUUGAAUUCAUCACAGCCUCUGGUUAUCUUUCGGCCCGCAAGAUCCGAUCCCGUUUUCAGACGCUGGUGGCGCAGGCCGUGGAUAAAUGUAGCUACCGAGACGUGGUGAAGAUGGUGGCAGACACCAGUGAGGUGAAACUGCGCAUAAGAGACCGUUAUGUUGUCCAGAUCACCCCUGCGUUUAAGUGUGCGGGCAUCUGGCCACGAAGUGCAGCACACUGGCCCUUGCCUCAUAUCCCUUGGCCGGGACCAAAUAGGGUAGCUGAGGUCAAGGCGGAAGGCUUCAACAUGCUCUCCAAGGAGUGCCACUCGCUAGCCGGUAAGCAAAGCUCUGCAGAAAGUGACGCCUGGGUACUGCAGUUUGCAGAGGCCGAGAACCGCCUGCUGAUGGGCGGCUGCCGCAAGAAGUGCCUCUCUAUUCUCAAGACUUUGCGGGAUCGCCACUUGGAACUGCCGGGCCAGCCCCUCAACAACUACCACAUGAAAACGCUGGUUUCCUACGAGUGUGAGAAACAUCCCCGGGAGUCUGACUGGGACGAGUCAUGCCUGGGAGACAGGCUCAACGGCAUCCUGCUGCAGCUCAUCUCCUGUCUCCAGUGCCGCCGAUGUCCCCAUUACUUCCUACCCAACCUCGACCUCUUCCAAGGCAAGCCGCAUUCGGCGCUGGAAAAUGCGGCCAAGCAGACGUGGCGCCUGGCACGGGAGAUCCUGACCAACCCCAAAAGCCUAGAGAAACUAUAGCUAAACAAUAAAACCUACACCUGAGAAGGAUGCACUAUUGGGUUCGAGGCUUGCAAAUGGAGAGCACACGCCUGAGUCAGGCUACUAGCGAGGGACACUGUCCAAAAUGCUGCUGUGGGAGACAUCAGCUAUAUUUUAGGUGCCAGUUACACUAGCUACACUCUCCUGCUGUGGUGCAAAGCCUAAAAGACACACAGAGACUAGAUAAAAUAAAAAGCACUAACUUCAAUGUUUGGCACUUUGCUUUUGUCGAUGGUUCCGUUCAGCUUUGUUUCAUGGAAAAACUUGGUACAAAACUCUGAACUGCUUUUAUGGUUGGUGCUCUUGUCCCGUUCUGGGAGACUGGAUCUUUUUAUCCUUUUCUUUUACGAGGAGGGAGACUGGAUCUUAUGGUCCUUUAUUUCCGAAGGAUUUCAGCCGAGUUUUCCAUUCAUGCAAAAAAUGGGCUCAUUAAUUACUGCCAACUUUUUUCUCCAUUGGCAACAGAUAAAUAUAGGAAAACAUAGUUUUGGAUAUAUGAACCUUGGACAGUAUUUAGACUGUGUACUUUUUAUUAAAAUAUUCAAAUACAUAUUAUAUAUAUAUAUAUAUUGUGAACUUAAAUUGUCCUUAAACUUGUGACCGUUGGUGUAUUUGUGAGUCGACGACUGACGUUAAAUUACGGAUGCUUCAGGAGAAGAAUACCGUUAAAGGUAGAUUUUAUCAUGGGACUUUUGCUUAUCGUCUUUUGCAGUGUCUAAAUUAAAAACAAGCAAAGUUUACAUUUUCUUUUGGAAGUAUUACUUGUUUUGUUUUAAACAUUCCAUAAAUAUACUUGAAUUAUUUAAAUAUAUUCAACUGAUUUUUUUAUUCUGUCUAUGAGAUAAGGCUUGAAUAUUGGACUUUAUAUAUUUUAAAAUGCACUUGACAAACACUGGAUUACAUUCUGUGAGUUUUUAAAAAAUGUUGCUGGAUUUAUUUAAAUACAAGACAAUAAAUGAAUUAAAAAAUGG